GGUUCAUUAAUUAGUUCUACCGGAUCGACAAACAACCGGGUUUGUAACUUGUAAUUUUUUAUUUUGGUCAAAGAAAAAUAAUUUUAGUGGCCAAAGGUGAAUUUCUAGUGAGCAAUCUAGCAAUUUACCCCACCAUCAAAAUCAAAUAAAAAAGCGUAAUAUAAUAUAGGCCCGCCUUGUUUUUUGUUUGGGAAGGGGAAGGGGAAGGCCCAUUUUGCUGUGUCUUCGCCGGGGUGCUGGCAACUGUGCCAGCCCAGCCAUUAUCGCCAGGCCUGUGCAUCUUGUUAUCCAACCAAAUCAUGAUUGUAAAGAGGUACGGGUUAAAUCGAUGGUAAGGUAUUGUAUGGUUCAAUCUUGGUUCAAUGUAAAGAGGUACGAUUGAAUAUUAUAUCAAUUUAUUUUAUGAUAGGUAAUUUUUUCGGUAGGAUUGUUGAUCCGAUUUAUCAAACAUCGCUUAUUACGUAAGUGUUUAAGUUGUAAUGGGGAAAGAAAGCAACUAUAUUUCAAAGUAACUAUAUAUAUAUAUAUAUAUAUCAAUUAUAAACAUGCAGAAUCCAUUAAUUAAAUUACAGUGCAAGACUCUAAAGCAUAAGAAAUUUCCAUUACUAUCUCGGUAUCUCCUAAUAAUUUAUUUUUGUAUCAUAUCAGGAUCGUUGAAGAACAUGAAUGUUUAAGGGUAAAAUCGUGUUAUGUAACAAGCUAAAUGGCAGUAGCAAUAACAGGAGAGGAUGAUUAUUACCACACAGUUAUAGAAUUCCAAAUAGAAUGAAGAGUUAGUACUCGGAACUGAACCGAAUGGAUUUGCACAGAUUAAUAACCAAAACCAAUUAAUUACGAACGAGGGGAAAUGGCUGGGAUUAUUAUUUAUUUACUAAAACGGUUACAAUUUUGGGAAGAAAAGAAAAGAAAAAAAAAAGAAAAGAAAAGAAAAGAAACGAGAUGGAAACAAGAACAAUGGUGGUCGGUGGAUGGGCUCAAUCUGAGUCGUCGCUGUCAAAAUCUGAGUCGUCGUCGGACGUCUGGAACGCGGAUGUUGGAAGUUUGCUCGGAGGACGGGCGGUGAUUCCGCGGCUGUCCCAGUACAGCGCCGAAAUGUCUUCGUCGUCGGAGGGGGUGGGGGUGGGACGCGGACCUAGGCACAAUGACACACCUCCGCCCGAAAAUUUUGUGAAAGACCCCUAGUUCGUCGGUACUAAAAUUUUGAUCUCGGGAUUUCCGACACACCUCUGAUCAUUGUAUCCGACACCACAACUCCAUUGUGUUUAUGGAAAUUUAUUGUCAUAAGUUAUCAAAAUAUAUAAAUAUAAGUUCAGGCUAGCGUACGUUCGACCACCGUACGCCAACUGGGUUUUGCUAUUUAGAUAAAUAAUUAACCGGACUUUGAGGCAUGAUCGUAUAUCCUAACCUCUAAUGGGUGAACCCCAAUCCAUAAUUUUUUUAACCCAAACUGCAAAAUUUGAUCAAUCUUAAAAUGAAACUCAACAAUAAUUUCGACGAAUCAGAAUCAUUGAUUUUCAUUUUUCAAGAUUAAAUGAAUCUUAUGUUAGGUU